GACAUUGCGAAAAUAACCACUGAUUAAUAUGAAACGACAGAACAAAACUGGCUAGCGCGCAUGCUAACGUCAGUGGAUCUCGCGUUAUUCCGCGAGAUGGCAGAUCGAGGUAUUCUGCUGUUUGUCCGGUAGAGGGCGAUAAUGAACAUCACCAAUCAAAACCUGGAAAAAGAAAAUAGAAGAAAAGGGAGAGGCUUCAAAACAAAACAAGGAAGUACAACGCGGGGUGGAAAAUAAAUCAAGCUUUAAAGUAGACUAAAUGUGCAUCUCUGGAAUUAAAUUCUUUUCAAGGAAGACCUGAGUUUUGUGCAGAUUCACCUCACAGAGGCAAAGAACCUGAGAUCCCAUGGGCGUUCAUGGUCUUACUACCUUUGUGGAAGGAAACCGACAUUUCCUUUUUGAUGUGAAACUCAGAGACAGCCGCCUGGUCAUCGACGGCAGCAGUUUGUAUUUCAAUCUCUACUUGAAACACGGUUUGGACCGACAGCAUGGAGGAGAAUAUGAUGCCUUUGCAUCCUUAGUCCUUGAGUUCGUCUCUGCCCUGCGGGCCUGUAAUAUUGAGCCAUAUGUGAUUCUGGAUGGAGGGAUUGACCCCAGCAACAAGAAAUAUCACACUCUGCAGCAACGCCUGCUGUCCAAAAUAAAAGAAGCAGAGAAUCUCUCUUAUGGCCGCAAUGGCUCGGUCCUCCCCAUCCUAACAAAGCAGGUCUUCAUUGAGGUCCUAAAUCAGAAUAAGGUCCCCUUGGUCCAAAGUCUUGCGGAGGCGGACUGGGACAUUGCCUGUUUGGCUCACCAAUGGAAGUGUCCAGUCCUGAGCAACGACAGUGAUUUUUUUAUUUUUGACCUGCCAGGUGGAUACAUGCCAUGGCAGUUUUUCAACUGGACCAACCUUAACGGGAAAGCAUCUUACCGCUACAUCCCAACUCGGUGCUACACCACCCAGGCUCUCUGCCGCUUUUACGGGGGAAUGAAUCCGGAGUUACUGCCUCUCUUUGCUGUCCUGGCCGGUAAUGAUUACGCUACUCCCAAAGAGGCCGAAAGACUCCUCGAUAUGAUAGAUAGAACAGCUGGCAGCCGGCGGAACCAUAAAUCGUCUUCUUCUCGUGUUGACGUUCUGCUUCGGUGGCUAUCUUCCUUCCCGAGUCCGGCGCAGGCCUUGGCAGAAGUGAAGAGACUCAUGGGGGCUAACAGCGGUGGUGGGCUCAGUACACAACUGAAGGCGCUUAUGAAGGAGUACCAUGUGACCCCUCAAAGCCCCUUUAAUUGUUGGUUCACUGAUUUCAAGGUUCCAGAAGGGCACAAUCAAACAUUACCCAAGGGCUUGUCAGUGGCUGCAACAGGAGCACUUUUGCCAGCCUUAGUGAUUGAUGCUUUGGUCAUGCGCAGGGUGCUCCUCAACCCACAGGUGGAGAACAGCAGGCAACCGAGCAGCCACCGUUGCGCCACACCUAUUCGCCAAGCUAUUUAUGGGAUAUUACUACUCGAAGAGAAGCAAAUGGAGCCUGUCGGCUUCCAGCAAUUGAAAGGACAGGAGGACAGUUUUACCCAGAGAGGUGGCAAAAGUCAAGCCAGCGUUGCAACCCCACGGCAAGUCUCUCCCGUAUGUGUGGAGGAGAUUGAUCGGCUUAACUUCAACCUGAAGAAAAUCCAAGUGGAAGCACAGCGGCUAAAAUCACAUUUCCAUGUCAAUGCCAUCUGUGAGGUCACUGGAAUGAUGCGUCGUAAUGCCAUUUGCGAAGUGUUGCGGGUGAAUCCGUCUGCGUUGGCUCAGGUUCCCGCCUCCAUGUAUCUGCCCAUUGCAGCCACAAGCUUCUGGUUGCAGGAGGCUGCACCAAAGCCUUCACAGCUUCACCUCCAGGCUUUGAUUUUGGGAAUGGUUUACGGAGAGCUGGUUUUGAUGGAGAAGAAUCAAAUUUCAAACUAUCAAAUUCCCGUCCCGAAAGACAAUUCGUUCGAGCGCCGCUUGAUUCGUCAGCUGGAUCAAAUUCGUUUGUCUUCGAGAGAUGCCAUGGAUAUCGCGGCGGCUCACGGUUUCAGCCAAUGGCAGGCCUGCCUCUGGAGUGCGCAAUGUCUGAAUCAGCUUUUGUUGCUGCCAUUCAAUGAAGUCCACUUCUCACACUUAUUCAGUGGGAGCAUGGUGCACAGCGUUCUCAACCUUCUAAAAAAGGGUCAUACAGUAGAUCAGAUGCUGCCCAAGUUUUCGUACGACGUUUACUCCAUCCUGCUACACGCCGUGAAGAACUGCAGCUUCAAACCUCAGCUUGCUUCAGUGAGAGGCGGCAGGGGGCGAGGUGGCGAGCGGGGGAGAAGAGGAAGAGGAAGAGGACGAGGAGAAGUGGGAGGAGGAAGAGGACGAGGGAGGAGAGGGACGGAGGGGAUAAGCAACCGCUUUGCAGUUUUAGGAAUUAAUGAGUAAGACAAGAAUAUUAUGAAAUGAUAUGUGACCAAAUGAGCGGCAACACAUUCCAUGGAAUUUCCAAAAUGCUAAGAAGCAAUUUUAUAAUUGUGUAUUCAUGAGUCAUCAUCGUUAUCUUCAGCUUCAGCUUGUGCCUUUUGAUCGAAAGAAGAAAAAAAACUACUGUAAUCACUUCAAACCGCAGUAUUAUUAAGAUCGUAAUAUUUUUAACUGAUGUAUGUUAUAUGAAAUUGAGCAUGUAUUGUAAUUCAUAGAGUCAAUGCCUAUGCAUUUUUUAAAGUUGUCAUUUUAAUUUGCAAUGUGUACAAAAAACAUGAUUUCUUUUACAAUUUUUUAAACAACAGACAAACAAAAGAUUAUUAAAAGU